AGCUGGGGGGCUCUUAGCAGACAUGUGGACCCCCUAUGCAUGCAACUACAUCUACUUCUCUCCCGCCUGCAGAGAACAUGGUGGCCUGGGUGCUCACCUCACCACAACAUGUUCAACCUGAUGAGCAACUUCUGCACCUGGUUCUCCAAGUUCCAGGAACCAAUCAGGCCAGUGACCCUUCUUGUGGUGGGUCUGGACAAGGCGGGAAAGACCUCCUCCAUCCGAGGGAUGCUCAGAGGUGCCAAACAAUCCACGUGUCCCUGGCCAUGCUUGACUGGAACAUAACUUGUCCAUCUUCUCUAGUCCCCCACGCCGUGGAAGGUGGCCCCACCCAGGGCUGCGUGAGGAACCAGACCAGGGUGGAGAACUACCUGGUCACCCUGCUGGAUGUUGGGGGGUCAGUGGGGGCCUGGGGGGACUUUUAUGGAGAAGCGCACGGGAUCAUCUUUGUGGUGGACUCCAGUGACCGUCCCAGGAUCAAGGAGGUCAAGGAGGUCCUGGCUGACCUCCUCAAGCAACCCAGAGUGGCAGGAAAACCCAUCCUGGUCUUGGCGAACAAACAAGACAAAAUGAGGGCCCUGCUGGGAAGUGAUCUGACUGAGAUGUUGUCCUUGGAGAAGCUGGUCAACCAGAGCCGCUCCCUGUGCCACAUAGAGCCCUGUUCAGCCUUAAUGGACAUCCGGCGCCGGGCGGACAGGAAAACUCUACGAGGUCUUCGCUGGCUGGUGAGAGCCAUCAGCCUGGACUACCUGCAGCUGACCACCCGCCUGGUCCAGGACAGCAAGAGUCCCCCGGGGCCCCCAGAGAGGAGCGGCAGAGCGGAGAGGACGGCCAGCAGAACCAAGAGAGAGCGCCUUCGAGGAAGCCAGACUGACAUGAAGACCAAGGACAAAGCCAAGAGGACCAAAGGGGAAAUGUUGCAGAAGGAGCAGACGCUGAAGAAGAAGAUGAAGAAAUCCGCCAGGAGGAAGAAGAGUUCGGUUGGAGGCAAUGAAGACCAGGCCAAGGAGCAGAACGAAGAGGAGGAAGAGGAGGAUAAUGUCGACCAUCUUCUCCUGCCCAGUUGCAAGAGCAGACCUAAAGGCAAGACCAAAGUCAAGGAGGAGACCCUGGAGGUGCCAGAAUGGACGCUGGAGGACCACAAGCUGCUCAGAGGUGUGACUGAGGUGUGUGCAGCCCCGGGCAGGAUGAGUGAGGCGAAGAAGAAGAAGAAGAAGAAGAAGACGAAGGUGAAGAAGAAGAGCAAGAACAAGAUCAACACAGAAGACAUGUCUCAGCAUGUCCACCUACCUGCAACACUCGAUCUGUACAGAAAAGCCAUUCUGGCGCUGAAGGAGCGUCAGGCUGAAGGACAAUGAUGGAGAAGAAAAAUGUUCCUGACAUGUAGUGAAGGUAUUAUUUUAUUAUUUAUUGAAGGAACGUCAGGCUGAAGGACAAUGAUGGAGAAGACAAAUGUUCCUGACAUGUAGUAAAGGUAUUAUUUUAUUAUUUAAUGAUCAACAAAGUCAUAUUUGUUGUUAUUUUCCAAUUUUUUUCCCCUUUUUGAAAUUGUAUGAUCAGCUCUUUUUUUUGCCACAACCUGUUUCUUUGUCUCAAUAGAUAGAUAGAUAGAUAGAUAGAUAGAUGGAUAGAUAGAUAGAUAGAUGGAUAGAUAGUACUUGAUUGAUUCCUUCAGGAAAAUUAAAAUUCCAGCAGCAGUGUACAGAGUUGAGAUCAAUUAAAAAAAAAAAAAGUAAGUAAUGGGGGUAUAAAUGGAAACAAAAUAGAGAAAUAUUACAAUAAGAAUAAAAAAUAAAAAGUAACAAUGGGAAUAACAAUAUAACAGUAAAAUGAGAAUAUAACAAGACAAAGUAGGCAGUAGUGACCAUGUUAUGAAAACGUAUUGCACUGUUAUUGUUUUGCAUCCCCUGUCAUCCUAGUACCCCCCGCCCCCCGCCCCAGAGAGGAGUUGUACAGUCUAAUGGUGAGUGGGACAAAGGACUUUUUGAGUCUAUUAGUCAAUACUAUUAGUACAUCUGCAAUGUACUACUAGUUACUAGUUACUAGUUAGCAGUUAGUAGUAAUGAGUUUUCUUGAAAUGCAUGCCACUAGUGUGUAAAUAAAAGCAUGUUAUUAUGUACAUUCAGGCCUGAUCUUCAGCUUCACCCCCUCAACAUUUCCUGUAUGGACACAAACUCAUUUUUUGCAUAUUUUUUUCAAAAUAAAAGGGUUACAAUCCAA